AGCGUCGCUUCCGCGCGCUUCCGCAUUCCAGCGGUAUCCUUCCAGAGCCGUUAUCUCCCUAUCCAGCGAGUUACAGUCACGUUAAGAGCUCCGAUAAGAUUGCGACACUUUUCCUUUCAAAGGGAAAACGACUAAUGAGCAACGAAUAGCUCGCCCUGCUCUUUUGGCUUGUCAAAACAGCAGCGUUUAUACGGCUUUCUGGUCGGAAUUUCUGUUCUGACCUUAUCCGGAACGUCCGGUAACAAACAGGGGCUUGUACGUUAAAGUGAUAGUGCACCUUUGCCGCAGACGCACCGACGGCGCGCUGGUGAUCUUGAAGGAGAUCCCGGUUGAGCAGAUGAGCCGUGAUGAACGUCUUGCAGCCCAGAAUGAAUGCCAAGUCCUCAAGUUACUCAGCCACCCAAACAUAAUAGAGUACUACGAAAACUUCCUCGAGGACAAGGCACUAAUGAUCGCCAUGGAAUACGCUCCAGGUGGAACCCUGGCCGAUUACAUUCAGAAGCGCUGCAACUCCCUGUUAGAUGAAGACACUAUAUUACACUUCUUCGUUCAGAUCUUAUUGGCCCUUUAUCAUGUGCACAAUAAACUCAUCCUGCAUCGGGACCUCAAAACCCAGAACAUACUCCUAGACAAGCACCAGAUGAUAGUAAAAAUAGGAGACUUCGGAAUCUCAAAAAUUCUUGUCAGCAAGAGCAAAGCUUAUACUGUUGUGGGGACACCAUGUUACAUCUCUCCAGAACUGUGUGAAGGGAAGCCAUACAACCAGAAGAGCGACAUUUGGGCCCUAGGCUGUGUGCUUUAUGAGCUUGCUAGUCUCAAGAGAGCAUUUGAAGCGGCGAACCUGCCAGCGUUGGUGCUGAAGAUCAUGAGUGGCACAUUUGCCCCCAUUUCAGAUCGAUACAGCCCAGAACUGAGACAGCUCAUUCUCAACAUGCUCAAUCUGGAUCCAUCCAAAAGGCCCCAACUAAAUGAGAUAAUGGCUCAUCCCAUCUGUAUCAGGCCAUUGCUUAAUCUCUACACUGACAUAGGCAAUGUCAAAAUGCGAAGAAUUGAAAAGCCACUUUCUACUGUACAGACAGGCCCCCAUGGAAGACCUGGUGGACGCGUAACCGGUACCAGAACCAGGGGAGGGCUGUCCAGUCUCACUUCAUCAAAGAUGAUGCACCCAUUGCCGUUAUCGUCCGUGUACACCUGGGGCAGUGGCAUCUCCGCUCCUCUGCGUCUGCCCAUGCUAAACACAGAGGUUAUUCAAGUGUCCCUGGGCCGCACACAGAAGAUGGGCGUCACCAAAUCUGGGAGGCUCAUCACGUGGGAGGCCCCCUCGGUUGGAUCCGGUGAGCCCGCUCUGCCCGGCGCCGUAGAGCAGAUGCAGCCCCAGUUCAUCUCGCGCUUCCUGGAGGGACAGUCUGGUGUCACCAUCAAAUCGGUCUCGUGUGGCGAUCUCUUCACCACCUGUCUAACAGACAGAGGUAUAAUCAUGACGUUUGGAAGUGGAAGCAAUGGUUGUCUUGGACAUGGGAACUUCAACGAUGUGACACAGCCCAAGAUAGUGGAGGCUCUGCUGGGUUAUGAGCUGCUUCAAGUGUCUUGUGGAGCAUCCCACGUCCUGGCCGUGACCAAUGAGCGAGAGGUUUUCUCCUGGGGCCGAGGAGACAACGGCCGGCUGGGAUUGGCUGCUCAAGACUCCCACAACUGCCCUCAGCAGGUGAGUUUGCCGAAUGAUUUCGAAGCCCAGCGUGUGUUGUGUGGGAUCGACUGCUCCAUGAUCAUCAGCACACAGCACCAGAUUCUGGCCUGUGGGAAUAACAGGUUUAACAAGCUGGGCUUGGAUAAGGUCCCUGACGCAGAGGAGCCCUCGUCUCACAGUCAGGUGGAGGAGGUCCACACGUUCCAGCCCGUCCAGUCGGCUCCUCUCAGUGCCGAGAAGAUUGUGUAUAUAGACAUCGGCACAGCACACUCUGUUGCAGUCACAGAGAAAGGUCAGUGUUUCACCUUCGGCAGUAACCAGCACGGGCAGCUUGGCUGCAGUUCCCGCCGAAGCAGUCGAGUGCCCUAUCAAGUGUCAGGACUGCAGGGGAUCACCAUGGCUGCGUGUGGCGAUGCCUUCACUCUGGCUAUUGGAGCAGAGGGGGAAGUGUACACCUGGGGUAAAGGAGCACGUGGUCGGCUCGGACGGAAAGAGGAGGAUUCUGGGAAACCCAAGGCAGUGCAGCUCGAUGAGAGCCACCCUUACACUGUCACGUCGGUGGCUUGUUGCCAUGGAAACACGCUGUUGGCUGUCAAACGUAAUGUGCAGCUAGAAUUUCUUUUACGAAUGUUAGCAAAUCUCGAAUCGAAUGCGUUCAUCGCAAUCAUCUGUUGUUGGUCUGGCAUUACAGAGGUUGCUGCCGCUUUUGAAAACAGUGACUAUAUUCUCACUCAUGGUUUCUCUCCUCAGCUUUUUUUGAAGAGCCUGUUCCGAAGUGACAUCCCUGGCCCAGUGACUGCUCGCGGUCAGCAGAAGAGCCGCUCCGCGUCACACCGACCCUCUCAAUGCAUGCUGUUGCAUUUACAACGUAAAACCUUUUGGACCAGACGUAUAUGCAUUUUAACUUACGAAAACAGAAUUGUCCAGAUUCUGUAUUUUGCAGUAUUACAUCUUUCUGUUACGAAAAUGAGACUGAACUAUUUUUAUUAUUAAUAUUACAGUUGUAAAUAAUGCCUCAUUGUCUAGAAUAAUAUAUUGGCUAUAUUGCUAAUAAUAAUAAUAAUAUCUAGCAUUGUAAAUAACGGCCUUAUUCAGAAUACAAUUUAAAAAAGACUGAAUUACGUUGUUGUUGUUGUUAUUAAAUUUCAAAUACAAUAUGCAAAAAGA